AUAAAGAAAAUACUGGAGAUUACGAUUUAAUUUGAUGUUUAUCGCUGAUGUUAAUCUUAAACCGCUGAAGCAAAUUCAAUAUUUUAAGUAAAGCAGACAAUUGGUACAUAACUAAAAAAUGGCUUUAAGACUUUCAAGAGGUUUUCUAAAUUUAAAGGUUCUUCGGAAUGGACCACUUUUAACACGUUAUAUUUCAAAUAUUAAGGGAUUUGAUAAAGAUGAACUUCUAAAAUGUAUAGCUGAAUUAGUAAGAAUUGAUCAGAGUUGGAUUCCUGAUGCAGAAAAUUCAUCGUUAUACAUCAGACCAACAAUGAUAAGUACUGAGUCGACUCUUGGAGUUAAAUCACCUUCAAGUGCUAUGCUUUUUGUUAUAACUGGACCUGUUGGACCAUAUUUCUCAACUGGUAUUUUUAAGCCAAUAUCAUUACUUGCAGAUCCUAAUUUUGUUAGGUCAUGGCCUGGAGGAAUAGGUGACAAAAAAGCAGGAGGUAACUACGGACCCACCAUUUAUCCUCAGCAUAUAGCUGAAUCAAAAGGAUGUGCACAAUGCCUCUGGUUAUAUAAUGAUCAAGUAACUGAGGUUGGUACAAUGAACAUAUUUAUGUAUUGGAUAAAUGAACAAGGAGAAGAUGAGCUUAUUACAGCACCAUUGACAGGUUUGAUUUUACCUGGUGUGACAAGGAAAUCACUUUUAGAGCUUGCACGAGAAUGGAAUGAAUUCAAAGUUUCUGAAAAAACUUAUACAAUACACCAAAUGAUUAAAGCUUCAAAAGAAGGGAGGAUCAAGGAGGUAUUUGGAGCUGGUACUGGCUGUGUUGUUUUGCCUAUUGAAAAGAUCUUGUUUAAUGAUGAGUUUGUAAGAGUGGAUACUUCAAAUGGUUUUCCUUUAACUAAAAGACUUUUCAAAGAACUCACAGAUAUUCAGUACGGUCGUAAGUCACAUCAUUGGAGCUACCUAGUGAGUAGUAAUGAAACACGUGAUCUGAUGAAAAAAAAGCAGAAGAUCGCUUUUUAAAGCGAUAUUUAUUAUGUAUUUAAUAUUUAAGUGUCUGUAAAUUAUUCAAUUCAGUUGAUCCUAUAUUUAAAUGCGAUAAUUAAAUUAAACCAGUUUUUGUAAUAAUUUAAAAAGCAAUAUAUUUCGACUUGUUUAAGCUU